AGGGGUAGGAGGUGGAGCUCCGCCGCUGGGACAAACUGAAGGCAAACCUGUGGGAGGCAAUGUUUGAGUAACUCAAGGACACUAGAUAGUGAGGAUGUCGGCCCUCAACUGGAAACCCUUUGUGUAUGGAGGGCUGGCCUCUAUCACAGCUGAAUGCGGUACUUUUCCAAUUGAUUUAACAAAAACAAGGCUCCAGAUUCAAGGCCAGACAAAUGAUGCCAACUUCCGAGAAAUCAGGUACCGCGGGAUGUUGCACGCACUGAUGAGGAUAGGUCGAGAAGAAGGGCUGAGGGCGCUGUAUUCAGGGAUUGCACCUGCAAUGCUUCGACAGGCUUCCUAUGGAACCAUCAAGAUUGGCACUUACCAGAGCUUGAAGCGAUUAGCUGUGGAACGCCCAGAAGAUGAAACCCUGCUAAUCAAUGUUGUGUGUGGGAUUCUGUCUGGAGUCAUAUCCUCAGCUAUUGCUAAUCCAACCGAUGUUUUGAAAAUCCGAAUGCAAGCACAGAACAGCGCUGUUCAAGGAGGAAUGAUUGGCAACUUCAUCAACAUCUACCAGCAGGAAGGGACUAGAGGACUGUGGAAGGGCGUAUCCCUCACAGCUCAGAGGGCUGCCAUAGUUGUCGGUGUGGAGCUUCCAGUCUAUGACAUCACCAAGAAGCACCUGAUACUCUCAGGCCUGAUGGGAGACACCGUCUCUACGCAUUUUCUCUCCAGCUUCGCCUGUGGUCUGGUGGGGGCUUUGGCCUCAAACCCUGUCGAUGUUGUGAGAACUCGUAUGAUGAAUCAGAGAGUCCUUCGAGAUGGCGGGUGCUCUGGCUACAAAGGUACCUUGGAUUGUCUACUGCAGACAUGGAAGAAUGAAGGGUUUUUUGCUCUAUAUAAGGGUUUUUGGCCAAAUUGGUUGCGCCUUGGUCCUUGGAAUAUCAUUUUCUUUUUGACAUAUGAGCAGCUGAAGAAACUGGACUUGUGACCAGUCCGCGCUACACGAGAUAGUCUUCUGAAAAGCCAACCUCCGCGAUGGUAGACCCUCCUGUGCUUCUGGCUGCUUCUCUCACUGCACAGCUAGGAUGGGAGCGAUGGGUGAAGACUGAGUCCCAGUUCUUCAGAUUGUCAUUCGCAGGCACUGGGCGCUUUUCACCCAAGUUCAUAGAUUAAAUCAUAACAUGUACUCACUAA